AUGGGAGCAGAAGUACCAGCCCUCAUUGCUUGUCUCGCUAUUUCUUUGUGCUUCAACAUCGGAUUCAUCGUCUACCUGUUUAUUAAACACAAAAAUAGAAACAUUUCCGAAUACAAGAAAGUUGAGAAUCCAGAUGUUGAGAGUUUCCAAAGGCCCGCGAAUCCUCAAAGAAGUCCUGAGAAAGAAAAAGAACCGAAAGAACCUGCACUAAAAUCAGCUAUCAAUGAGAAACGGUCCGCUGAACAAAUUUUGAAACCAGAACACAAACCUCCUGUAAAAGAAGUCCAGCAGAGAAGUGAUCGUCAACGACUACAAGAACCAGUUGGACGAGAUGAAUUCGUGAAGUGUAUGAAUGUGGUCGUACAGUUCAUCAAUGAGUACUUUGACGAAUCACACAAGCAACCCGUCAUUCCAGAACACGAUGUGAACUCCACACGGAUACAUGUAAAGGGACCUGAAAAGCCGGAAGAAUUCGGUGAAAUUCUGAAGGACCUCAAAGAAAUUGUAGUUCCAAACAUUUGCCAUACCCAUCAUCCUCGAUAUCAUGCCAAAUUUGCUGGAAAAUCCCUUGCAGAUAUAGUUGGAAGCACCAUUUCGGCAGCCCUCGGACAUGAUGUGAACUCAUCUCCUAUCAUUGAUUCGAUUGAACGUAUCAUAUGCAAAUGGUUGUCUUCAGCAAUGGGAAUUCCUCAAAUAAAGUCACACCUUAAUGAGCCUCGCGAUCCUAUUGGCACAUUGUUUUACACCCCUCGGGAUAUCUACAUUGCUGUAAUCCGUCAUGCUAUCGAAAAAGCCGAGAUGACCAAUGAAAACUCUCCGAAAUCGGAAAAAGAGAAACCCAAGUUUUCGGACUAUGUGGUCUAUUGCAGUGAUGAUUCUCAAAUUCCGUUGGAAGAAGCAUGUAUUAACACAAAAGUCAGACUGCGUAAGGUCAUCACUUAUGAUAAAGAGUCUUCUGCGAUGACAGCUGCAAACCUGUUAAAGCAAAUGGUGAAGGAUAAAGAGAGAGGACUGAUUCCGUUGGUAAUCAUAGCAAACUAUGGAUCUGCUUAUGUGGCUGCGAAUGAUGAAAUUUGGGAGUUGGUAAAGAUUUCUAGAAAUUCUUUGAUAACAGAAGUUCAUUCCGUUCACAUUGUUUGUUCUUCACUAUUCCCAUAUUCUGGCCGCAUUUCAGUUGUAUGGAGUUACAAAAUCCACUAUGGUGAACAUCCGAUUCGUUUGUGGAUUCUAAUUCGUCUAUAUGGAAUUCGUUCGAUUCGAGAAGCAGUGAAGAGAAAAGUAAUUCUUGGAAACGCAUUUUCUGAAAGAUUGACCCAUCAUCCAGAAUUCUUCGAGAUGAGUCAUCCCAACGAACAUGGUAUUACUGUAUUCCAAUACAACAAUAAAAAUGUGAAAGAUCGUAAAGAGGAUAUAAACAAGAUGACUUCAAUGUUCCACAACUACUUAAUCCUAUCAUCGACUCUCAAAUUUUCCCUUUUCACUUAUCACGAAAAAGUUCUCAUCAAAGCUGUUAUCAACUACGGAAGGUGCAACCUUUCAAUUAUGGAAGAAUCCGUUUCGACACUUUUGAAUAGUGUUGAGAAAUUUGAAGAAGCUUUAAAGAAAAAGAAGAAGGCAGUUAGUGAGACACCAAGAGUAGAAUUUUGUGAAUUGAUUGGUGGAUCACCAAACGAAACGACAGAUGUCACACAGCCAGAUGACAUUGAUGAAAAGAAGAAAAAGAAGUGA